UGUGCGACCUGCCAGUGGAGAGAGACAGAAGGCCCUGAAAGCUUAUAAAUUUAUAGACGAUGAAAGCAGGCGUUUUGGAUCUCCGUUUCAUUUUAUAGGCACUCUUAUCGUCUCUCUCACGAUGAUUAUAGAGAAUGUGGACGCCCUGAAGUCGUGGUUGGCAAAACUACUGGAGCCAAUAUGUGAUGCUGAUCCCUCUGCAUUAGCCAAUUAUGUUGUGGCUCUCGUGAAGAAGGACAAACCGGAGAAGGAGCUCAAAGCGCUCUGUGCCGAUCAGCUCGACGUCUUCUUGCAAAAAGAGACUGGAGGCUUUGUGGAUAAACUUUUUGAAUGCCUGACGACCAAGAACUACCAGGGGAACCCCGUUGCCAAGGAAGCUCCUAAAGAGGAGGUCAUCCUUCCUGCAGCUAAGUCAGAUGCUGUGGAAGUUGAGGCUCUAGAGGAGGAGAGAGAAAACAGGCGGAGGAGAAGCCCUCUGAGGAACCGUUCUGACUUCAACGAGUCCAGGAGUCGCGAUGACAGGAGGCGGGACGAGCGCAAGAGGCGGGACUUUGAUCGGCAUGGGAAAAGCAGCAGUGGCGACUCCCAUCGCGAGCGGGAGCGGCAUGAGCGCCGCCGGGGGAGCUCCCGCGGGAGGAGCUACAGCAGGAGCCGAAGCCGGAGCAGGAGUGGCAGCCGGGGAAAGAGCAGGGGGCGAGACUUCAAGUCCAAGUUUGAGGUGGAGAGGAAGGAUGCGGACGGCUACAACUCGUCCACCACUGGCGGCUCCCAGCAGCCUCAGCAGCUCACUUCGCCUCUCCUGCACCCCUUCUCGUCCACUGCAGGCGGCCCGCCGGGGCUCGGAGGCCUUCCCGUGGCAACACUGGCGCACAUGCCCGACGGAACCACAGACAGCUGGUCUGGCUACUAUGGCACAAAGAGACAAGACGUCAUCGGCAAGCCAUUCAGCAAUAAGAGCCUUCCACGCAAACAGCGGUGCAGGGAUUAUGAUGAAAAGGGAUUCUGUGUCCGUGGUGACCUUUGCCCAUUUGAUCACGGCAAUGACCCCCUCAUCGUGGACGACGUCAGCCUACCUAACAUAAUCCCUUUCCCGCCACCACCCGUGAUGCCCCCUGCUGGCCUGCCCAUGCCGCCGCCCAUCACUGAGCCGCCCCCCUCCCUCAGGAUACCCCCACCGCCAAUGCCACCUUACGGUCAGCCACCACCACCCGGUGUCUUCUCAUUGACUGGACCUCCACUGAUAACAACCAGUGGAAUCGAAACCCCCAACCACCAAUCCGCAAUCACAUCAUCGCCCCCUAUUGGACCGCCUGGAGUGGGAUUGCCGCCUAAUCUUCCUCUGCCUCCUCCGCCGCCUCCCUCCUCAUCAUCGGUGUCACUCCGCCCAAGAUAUGCCCAGUCUGAAUAUAACUACGACCCAGAGGGCUAUAACCCAGAAUCACCAGGACUGACCGGAGCGGGUCGCAACCAGUAUCGGCAGUUCAUACCCCGAGUGCAGACGCAGCGCUCCAACCUCAUUGGCCUCACAUCCAAUGAGGGGCAAGGCUGCAGAGCUGCCAACAUAGUGAUCCAGACGGAGCCAGCCACUACUGCCAGCACACCAGGAAGUUUCAACACAGAGCAGCACAACAGGAAGAGGACCCUGGGCUGCACGAUAGCUGAGGGGCCAACGGUUAAAAAACCGUGGAUGCAAAAGCCAAACUUUAACCACCAGCACAAGGGUGGCUUCCCGAAGAGGAAUUUCCACGUGAACACCAAGCUGGAGGUGCGCAAUAUCCCACCUGACCUCAACACCAUCACCAAGCUCAACGAGCACUUCAGCAAGUUCGGGACCAUCGUGAACAUUCAGGUGGUGUUUGGUGGCGACCCUGAGGCGGCGUUGAUCCAGUUCACGACUAACGAGGAAGCCAGACGGGCCAUGCACUGCGUGGAGGCUGUCCUCAAUAACCGCUUCAUCAACAUGCGCUGGCACCGCAAGUCCAACAUGCUGGGGGUUCACCCACUGGAUCAGAUCUCGGGGAGCACAGUGGCUGGGCCUCAGCAGGGGAUCAAGCAGCACAACCCUGCGGUGUACGUGUUAAACAAGCAUCGCUCACCAGUCGCAGUUGGCGCCACGAGCACCCCUGACAACCAGAACCCUAUCGCGGAAGCUGCCAACGUGGCGCCGGCGCUGACAAACACCCAGAAGGGCCCCUCUUACACUUCCAACCCGCUCAAGUUGUCCUCCAAGUGCCUCGGGAAAACAGCAAAAGCACUGGAAGCACAGGAAGCCCUUAAAAAGAAACAGGAGGCGUUAAAACUCCAGCAAGACUUGCGAAAGAAGAAACAAGAAAUGUUAAAGACGCAGAUUGAAUGUCAGAAGGCGCUGAUUAACCGUCUGGAGAAGAACCGAGGCAUGAAACCCGAGGAAAGAGCCAACAUCAUGAAAACCCUGAAGGAGCUGACCGAAAAGAUAGACCAGCUCCAGAACGAGAUGAAUCCAGCCUCCCAGGUGUCCAAAGCCAAUCACAACCAGCCCAAGACGAAGACUGACGCCCAGAAGGAGCUGCUGGAUGCUGAGCUGGACUUCCACAAGAAGAUGAGCUCUGGUGAAGACACAACAGACCUCAAGAGGAAACUGGGGCUGCUACAGAAAGAGGCAACACAACUGGGCAUCCUACGAUCCCCGACGGGUCAAGGCCGUGGCCGGGGGCGAGGGAAGACGCCGCCGGAAGCCGGCGCAGCGCACGUCGGUCGCGCCAGGGGCCGCAGCCGUGACAUGCCGGGCCGCGGUGGGAGCGGCGCUGUCAACCGCAUGGUGGUAGACCACCGACCCAGAGCCCUGUCUAUCGUGGGGGUCACUCAGGAGGAGAAGGAGGAGCUCAUGCAGCACUUUGUGAAUUUUGGUGAUAUUGAGGAUCUCCGUGACCAGGACGCCGCCGGUGUCGUCGUGACCUUUAAGACUCGGAGUGAAGCAGAGAAUGCUGCCAACCAGGGAGCGAAGUUCAAAGAUCGCGUGUUGCAGAUCUCCUGGUACAAGCCCAAGACGCCCUCUGUCACGACGGAGCCAGAGGAAGAGGAGUCAAAAGAUGACGACAACACGCAGAAGGAAGGAAGCUCCUAUUUGCCCGGCGAGGAGGAAGAAGAGGAAGAGGACGACGACGAAGACGACAAGUACGAAAGCCGAUCUUGGCGACGAUGAGCCAGCAAAAAUCCGACCCAAGAGGACUUUUUGCCCUUUUCCCAGUGUUUCCAAACAUUCAUUUUGCCGACUAACAAGAAGUCUUCUUUCCUUUUGAGCGUUUUUCGAGGGUUCCCUCCACUCAACGUCUCACUUUUGCUGAGAAACGUGUUCUUAGAGAUAGAUAUAGAAACAAAAUACCUAGAUGAAGUUGGAGUGAUGGCUGUCAGUAAUGCACAACAUUUGUGUCUACUGUGAAAAGGUAUUUUUAUACAUACUGUAUUUAAUUAAUUACUUUGUUUGGUAACUUGUGGCCCCUUCAUCACUUUUUAAUUUAUUUGUCUUACCUUUUCUCUAUGGAAGUAUCCAGCGCCACUGUCUGAGCCACACCGCAGUUAGGCUAGGAAAGAUCUACAAAACAACAAAUAGAAAAAAAGACAUUUUACACUCAAUAUUGGUGUAAAUAUUCACAUGAUUUCUUUUCCUGUUCCCUCAAACAAGAAUCACAUGACCCUGUCAAGUGUUUGACUGUAAAAGCGAGUGAGCUCUUUUCGUUUUUAACGAUAUACAUUAAUUCUUUGCCUUACACAGACUUUUUGCAAGAUUUGUGAGUUAAUUUUUUGUACAUUUUUGUAAAUUUACGUGAAAGAGGAAUUAAUGUUGAUUUUGUUUGAGAUUUUUUUUUCCCCCCAAUUUUAAUCUGAAUAUGGUUAAAAAAAAAAACACACACACACACUGCUUUGAUCCAGUUUGUUUUCCAUUUCAUUAAAUUUGUCUUCCAAAUUUUUUUUACCCCUAAAGGCAAAAAAACAAAAACAAAAAAAAGGCCCACACUAGAUUUUUUUUUUUUUUUUUCCUCUGGUUUGUUUGCUCAGACAAAACGAAACAAAAGCAAACACACACGGUUGUGAGCCAGACAAAUCCGUCAUUCGAAAACAACAACAAAAAGCCCUGCUGUAGAUUGUUUUAGGGUUUUUUUCCAGUUAUUUUAAUUGUGACUGGUCAAACAAACACAAUUUCAAUCCCAUUUGUUUCCAACACAAAACAUUUUGUCAUCCAAACACUUACAUUUUUUCUUUGUUUGGCAUAAAUCGCCACUCUUUGCCUUUUUAGUCACGAGAGAAGGAAUCAAAUGAGUUUUCUAAUUCUAACAGCUUCCAUGUACCCCGAUGAAGAGUCACAUGAAUCCUUAUUCAACUAAACUGAGUGGAAAAACCAACAUAAUAGUCACUGAACCUCCUGCAUGUCAAAUCAACUCACAUUUCUUUUCUUACCUGUUGACUGACGACAUCGUCCCAUUCCCCCCCCCUCCCCUGAACAUGGUCACUGUUUGUUUUAAAAGAACGACCAAGUGAAUUGUCCCAAUUUUUUUUUUUUGUA